AUGAGUACUGACUUUGAUAGAAUUUAUUUGAACCAAUCUAAAUUUAACGGUAGAUUCCGUGUCGCAGACUCAGGUUUGGGUUGGAAAGCUUCCACUAGUGGUGGCUCCGCAGCUAACCAGGUAAAAGCACCAUUCCUACUUCCAGCAACUGAGCUUUCUACUAUACAAUGGAGUAGAGGAAGUAGAGGUUAUGAAUUGAAGAUCAAUACUAAAAACCAAGGUGUCAUCCAAUUGGAUGGGUUCUCCCAAGAUGAUUUUAACUUGAUUAAGAGUGAUUUCCAUCGUAGAUUUAGUAUCCAAGUUGAACACAAAGAGCAUUCCCUUAGAGGUUGGAAUUGGGGUAAGACAGACUUGGCAAGAAAUGAAAUGGUUUUUGCUCUAAACGGAAAGCCAACUUUUGAAAUCCCAUAUAAUCAUAUUACCAAUACUAAUCUAACCAGUAAAAAUGAAGUUGGUAUCGAGUUCAACAUACAGGAUGAAAAUUAUCAACCAGCCGGUGAUGAACUUGUGGAGAUGAGAUUCUAUAUCCCAGGUUCCAUUGAGUAUUCAGGUGAAGAUGAAGAUAUGUUAAAGAAGGAAGAAAAUGGUGAAGUUGUUCCAAAAGAAGAGAAGGAAGAUGAAGUUGUUCCAAAGGAAGAGAAGGAAGGUGAUCUUGAGGAGAAGAGUUUAGCUGAAACUUUCUAUGAAGAAUUGAAACAAAAGGCUGAUAUCGGGGAAACUGCGGGUGAUGUCAUUGUUUCCUUCCCAGAAGUCUUUUUGGCCACUCCAAGAGGUCGUUAUGAUAUUGACAUGUACAAGGACUUCAUUAGACUUAGAGGUAAGACUUAUGAAUAUAAACUACAAUACAACCAAAUUCAAAGAAUUGUGUCUUUACCAAGGGCAGAUGAUAUCCAUCAUUUGAUUGUCCUAGCUGUCGAUCCUCCACUACGUCAAGGUCAAACCACAUACCCAUUCUUGGUUCUACAAUUCCAAAAGGAUGAAGAAACAGAAGUUCAACUGAACUUAGAUGACAAAGACUAUGAUGAAAACUACAAGGAUAAAUUAAAAAGACAAUACGACGCAAAAACACAUAUCGUGUUGAGUCAUGUACUUAAGGGAUUGACAGACCGUAGGGUCAUUGUUCCAGGAGGGUAUAAGUCUAAGUACGAGCAAUGUGCUGUUUCAUGUUCCUAUAAGGCUAAUGAAGGUUAUCUAUAUCCUUUAGAUAAUGCUUUUUUCUUCCUAACAAAACCUACACUAUAUAUUCCAUUUUCGGAUGUUAGUUCGGUCAACAUUUCAAGAGCUGGUCAAACAUCUACUUCUUCAAGAACUUUUGACCUUGAGAUAAACCUUCGUUUGAACAAAGGUUCUACAACAUUUGGUAAUAUAAGUAAAGAAGAACAGCAAUUAUUAGAAAACUUCUUGAAGUCAAAGAACUUAAGAGUUAAGAACGAAGACAAGGAAGCUCAACAAAGAUUACAAACUGCAUUGGGUUCGGAUAGUGAGGAUGAAGAUAUAAAUAUGGGUUCUGCUGGUGAAGACGAUGAAUCCGUUGAUGAAGAUUUCCAAGCAAGUUCGGAUGACGGUGAUGUUGCUGAGGAAUUUGACUCAGAUGCAGCAGCAAGUGAUGCUAGCGGUAGUGAUUCUGAGGGUAGCGAUAUCGACGAAUCUAGACCUUCCAAAAAAGCCAAAACCGAUUAG